AGCGUCUUCGACUGUCGCGCUCCCAAUCCCCAAUCGCAUCGCUCCUCCGUCACUGAUCCUCAAACCGUUAAAAGUAAGAAGGAAACCUCUCCGAUUGUCGGUUCUCGAACUCGGACAUGGCGUACCGGACGCUUGAGAUCACCUUGAUCUCCGCCAAGGGCCUCAAGGACGUCAACCUCUUCUCCAAGAUGGCCGUCUACGCCGUCGUCUGCCUCUCCGGCGACCCUCGCACGCGGCAGAGCACGCCGCCCGACCGCGAGGGCGGUUGCAACCCUUCCUGGAACUCCACCUUUCGCCUUACCGUCCCCACGGACGCCAACCUCGCCCGUGUCCACUUCCUCCGGAUCCUCCUCCGCACCGAGCGCGCCCUCGGCGACCGCGACGUCGGUGAUGUCCGGAUUCCCCUAACGGAGCUGAUCUCCCGGGCCGGCGACGGCCCGCAGCCCGUGCAGUUCGUCAGCUACCAGGUCCGCAGGACGACCUCCGGCAAGCCCAAGGGCGUCCUCAACUUCUCCUACAAGCUCGGCGAGCGCGUCGCCGCGCCAGCGGCCCCCGCACCGUCUGCUGCCCCGCCCGCAGGCUACCCGCCCUCGGUCACGGCGUACCCCGCGUCGGCUGCUGCCCCGUACCCUUUUCCGCCCUCGUCAAAGGCGGAUGAGCCCGUGAUGGCGUACCCCUUGGGGACGAGCUACGGGGCGGCGCAGCCGUGCCCGCCGCCAUCGGUCUACCAUCAACCGCCGCCGCCGCCGACCUACCAGCAACGGCCGCCGUAUGGUUACGGGUACGGGUACGGGUACGGGUACGGGGCGGCGCAGCCUCCAGUGGCGCAGCCGCAGAGGAAGAACAAUUUCGGGAUGGGAUUGGGUGCGGGGUUACUGGGCGGCGCGCUUGGCGGGCUUCUGGUCGGGGAUAUGGUAUCUGAUGCUGCGGCCUACGACGACGGGUACGACGCCGGAUUCGACGAUGCCGCCGACUUCGAUUUUUAGGUAGAGUGGUUGUGCGCCGAAUUUGGCUUCGACAGUAUACAUAGUGCUAAAAGAAUCUGUUCGACAAUAGAAAAGAAAAAUCCAAGGAAACAAAGAGAGAGAUGGCUGAAGAAAAGCUGCUUUUAACAAACUGGAGAAAGUCAUCUUGUUUAGUAAAUUAUUGAGAAUAUUCUUUCUUCAAUUGGGGAUGAGAGUAUUCUUCCUUCCCUCUGGUGCUUUUCGUUUUUGUAUUUAAAGUGUAUCUAGAAAAGUAAAUAAAAUUUGUAAUAUAUACGAGUGGUGCUGAAGUUGAUAGUUUAUUACCCUUUCAAUUUGAAAGAGUGAGGAACUUCGAAUCUUGCUUUUCUGCCCACUUUGGUGAAAUGAUAAAAGUUUCUUUGCUUUUGA